AUGCCCGUGGCUGGCUGUAAUGCCUUGUACAGACUUACAGUAAACCGCGCAUUCCAGCCUCGAGUCCGACCUGCGAUCCUUCGCACCUUGACAACCACCAGCCAACAUGGCUACAACAGGGCGCCCCAGGACGGCUCUCCCUUUGACCUGGGCGUUUCCCCCGUCCCUCCUCCAAACCCGCACGCGAGGGAGAUUGCGGUCCUGGGCGGAGGGUUGACGGGACUAGCCACCGCAUACCACCUCAGCCGCGAAAUUCCCAAAGCUAAGAUUACCAUCUAUGAAAAGAACGCCAGGCUUGGAGGAUGGAUUGACUCGGAAACGGUCAAAGUCGACAACGGCGAGGCGCUCUUCGAAUGGGGUCCCCGAACAAUAAGAUGCGCCCCGGGAAUCGUGUCCUCGUCCAUGCUCGAGAUGGUUUGUGACUUGGACCUUACAAAUGACCUUGUCGCCAUAUCCAAGGAGUCUGCCGCUGCCCGUAAUCGAUACCUCUACUAUCCAGACCGUCUCGUCAAAAUGCCCACGCCGCUGAAGGGUGCCUCAUUCUCCGACUUUCUUGAAAGUGUGCACACCGUCCUGACAGAGCCACUCUUCGACGGGUUUUGGAAUAUCUUCAAGGAACCGUGGGCGAGUCUGCGGGACGAGGACGUGAAGGACGAACCGCUAGGCGACUUUAUAUCUCGAAGGUUCGGCAAAGCGGUCACGGAUAACAUAGCCUCUGCAUUCUAUCAUGGGGUCUACGCGGGCGACAUAUACCAGUUGAGUGCCAGAACUUUGGCCACAAUGCUCUGGCAUCUCGAAUCCAGGAACCGCGACGAAAAAUCCAGCAUCUUGUUGGAAGUCUUGGCUGAUAGGCUGAAUCGUCGUGGCAUCGCUCGAGCUGAUAUUGUCCGCCACCAGCAGCGGUUCGCUGCUGCUCUGAACUCGCCAGAUGCUUACCUGAGGCGCGUGCCUAAUCCGGAAAUCUUUGACGGCCUAAGUGUUUAUACAUUCAAGCAUGGACUGGCCCAACUAACGGCCGCGCUGGAACAGCGCCUCCGUCAAACCAAGAAUAUCACUAUUCUCGAGUCAUCCGCAGUGGAAGAAGUGACUGUCGAGAAAGGCCAGGAUCGACUCCGUGUAUGGUCCAAGUCCUCUGCAACGGCCUCACCGGUCAUGUAUGACUACGUGGUCUCAACCCUGAGUCCUCAGUGCAUGCAGCAGUUCUUCUUGUCUGAUAACACUAGAAAUGCGGCUGCAAAGGUGGACGAGAAGGUCAACGCCGCUUGUCAACACAGCAACAAAUCCGUCAAUGUAAUGGUCAUCAACCUCUACUACAGUAACCCAAACCUUCUCUCGAUCAGAGGGUUUGGUUACCUCAUUCCACGCUCAGUACCGGUCGAACAGAAUCCCGAGCGUGCUUUGGGUGUCCUGUUUGGCUCCGAGACAUCGGGGCGGUUUGAUUCACCUGUGAUUGUUCCGCAGGGACCUUAUGAUGGUCCGGACGUCGUUCAACAAGACACCGCAACGGGCACCAAGCUAACCGUCAUGAUGGGUGGGCAUUGGUGGAGUGAAUGGGCUGCCAGCGAUCUACCCACGGAGAAGCAAGCCAUCGAGAUGGCCCAGACAUUACUGAAACGACACUUGAACAUCAACGAGCAGCCUGCGGUUGCGAAAGCUCGGCUCAAUCGCAACUGCAUUCCACAACCUCCAGUGGGAUAUGCCCAGGACAUGGCCACCAUCCAUGAUGCAUUGCUGUCUACAUAUAAUGGACGAUUCAAGGUUCUAGGGCCCUGGUGGCAAGGUCUCCCAGGCAUGAACGACUGUGUUCGUGUGGCACGUGAAACUGCCUGGGCGAUCCGCGACCAGAAGGAUGACCUUACUGGACUGCAAAAUUACAUGCGCGAAUCGUGGGUCGUGACGCACCUACCGACAAGGCAGGCCACGAUCGAGUAUACCAAGUAA